AAUGGCGAGUCAGCCUGUUAUCAUAAAAUGUGACGAUGUCGUCGUUAAUGAAGAAGGAUCUAACGAUGUUGCAGCUGGUAUUGGGAAGGCAGAAUGUGGAAAUUCUAGCAGUAUUCUAAUUGACUUCGAUGCUCCUGAGACACCGAUUAAUGAUGACACGAAUACUACUAAUACCACCUUUCGUUAUGAUGUUCUGGCCGAUAUAGAUUUUACUAGCAAUAAUAAUAAUAUUAAUAAUAAUAACAACAAUAACAUCGGUAAUAUUUCCAUGGCUAAUUGUGAAGCGCUUCCAAAUGUCGAGGAAGCUAAUAAGCUCGCUCUGUCGAAUCCAAAUCGUUUGGAACGUGCCAGGAAAAGCGAUUCGCACCUGCAUGAUGUAAGCAACCUUCUAAUUCCGAGAGUAUCUAGAUCGCAUUCAACUUGCUUUGAUAGCAAUGCUCUUCAUGAUGCUGUGGAUUUUUGUCUUGCCAGACAAUUAAUUAAUAAAGCCCUUGAUAAUUAUGAACCGCCCACAAAUGAUAUUGGUGACAAUUCAGAAGAGGAUGUUGAAACACGUUACUUACCUUCCGUCGACAUAAUGAGGGGUAGUAUGGAAAUGAUUACUUCCGCCACGGAAGAUAUUGAAAAUAGAAGUUUUAUUAUGUCAGAGGAAGAGAGAUUUUUAGACGAGAACGAACCUAUUAUUGCAGAUGUGAAAUUGGAACGCCUACAAGACACACGAGUGAAAAAGAAAAGCGCCAUUAACUUUGAAAAUUUAAAUCUAAAUAAAGAAGAGGACCUGCUUAAAAUAGCUGACCAGAUUGUACAAGAAUCAAUGAUGAAAGGAAACACAAUGUUCCAAGACGGAAAUGAUAGGGUAAGUUAA